AUGUCGUCAUUAUCAACAGCUUACCUCGUUCUCGGACUCGCGACUCUCGCAACAUGCACCUCAUCAUGCACCUUUCAACCAUCCUCGAACGCGACCCUUGAAAACUUCCCGAGAGCCUCACCUGAUUCUCCUUACGACCCUAACAUCCUCUCUCAAGUCCCUGUUGCAUCAGUCUGUAACUCCUCCAACGCGACCGAGGAGCUCGGCUGUGCCAGGAAAUACAUCGACAUUAUUGACGAACAACUCGCCUUCCUCUAUGCUCGACGGUUGGGGUACGCUGCCAUCGCUGGGUUCGCGAAGUACGAUCAGGGUGUGGAACUGAAUGAUCCAACUAGAAAUGAAGCUGUUGCUGAGGGUAUGGCGCAGAGGGUUCUUAAGUAUGGGGGUACCAAGGAGGCAGGGAGAGUUAUGGGUGGUGAAGGAUGCCAGAUCUAUGUGAGCUUGGAGUAUGAAGUGUCGCAGAUUCAAGAAACUUGUGAUCCGGAGUUUCGACAGGACGUCAAAAGAGACUGUAAUUAA